AUGGGUUGUGUCGGAAGUCGAAAUAUGUCAUUGACAGUUCAACAACAACAAUCUUUGCAAAUAGACAAGCAACUCGGGAUGGAACGAAAAACUAAGAAGUUAAAAUUUCUGCUGUUGGGUUCUUCAGAGUCGGGCAAAACCACCCUUUUAAGACAAAUGAGAAUUUUGCACAAGAACGGUUUUUGUCUGUCAGAGCGGAUGUACUUCAAGACGAUCAUCCUAGAUAAUCUUAAGGAGUACACCGAGGCUGUUCUGCAGAACAUGUCUGUACUCGGUAUUGCCUUCGAGGACGAGGCUUCUGAGGCAAACAUGUUUCUCACGAAUGUCAAGACAUCUGAAAACAUAAACGAUUUUCGAAAGCAGUUUAAGGGAUUGUAUGACUCAAAUGAAUUCAAGGAGUGCAUGGAGAGGGGCCAAGAAUACUGCCUCUGUAAUGGGGCGCAGCAUAUGGUUGAUGUUGGUGGUCAGAGAUCAGAGCGGAGGAAAUGGAUCCAUGUCUUUGAUAACGUUACAGCCGUCAUCUUCACAACAGCGUUGAGUUUUUACGACCAAGCCAUGGAUGACCCUGCUAAAACGAACAAACUUCGUGACAACUCUUUCAAAGAAUCUUCCCAAUAUAUAUAUGAGCAGUUUGAGAAAGCAGGUGGUCGAACAAGUGGAAUAUACUCUCAUUUCACCACUGCCACCGACACGACUAGUUUUGAUCGUAUCUUUGACACGACCAUGGAUAUCCUCCUCAAUAAGAAUCUGACGGUGACAGGACUUCUUUAG